AUGACAGAUAUCAAAUACCAACGAGGCUUUGGGAACCACUUCAUAUCAGAAGCCAAGCGCGAUACACUACCGGCGUUCGGUCAUUCGCCUCAAAGAGUCAACCAUGGUCUCUACGCCGAGCAGUUGAGCGGGACAGCUUUUACGGCGCCUCGUGCUAAGAAUCAGCGUUCGUGGCUGUAUCGUAUUCGACCAUCGGUGCAGCACGAGCCUUUUGUCGAGUACAGCCAGCCUCGCGUUAUGGGAUCGUUCCACGCGCACUCGCCUGACAUCCGCGUCACUCCGCAGCAGCUGCGAUGGAAUGCUUUGGUUCAAGACGUCGGCCAAAACGUCGAUUUCAUCGAUGGAAUGGUCACACUCGCAGGUGCAGGUGACACGCAGCUCAAGAACGGACUGGCGAUUCACACAUACACGGCGACCAGAUCUAUGGGCAACAAGAGCUUCUAUAAUUCGGACGGCGACUUCUUGAUAGUCCCCCAACAUGGGACGCUGUUGCUCAGAACCGAGUUCGGGUCACUCCAAGUUCCACCGUUGUACAUUGCUGUUGUUCAGCGUGGCAUCAAGUUCUCGGUUGACUUGAAGGCUGAAGACAAAAUUUCGACCGCCAACCCGGCCUUUGGAUACAUUUGCGAGACGUUCAAAGGUCAUUUUGAACUGCCGGACUUGGGACCGAUCGGAGCAAAUGGUCUUGCAAACCCAGAAGACUUCGAGUACCCAACCGCUCGCUACGAGGAUGUCGAACAAGAAUGGACUGUAAUUAACAAGUUCAUGGGCCGAUUCUUCUGCUACCGCCAAUCGCACUGUCCUUACGACGUCGUGGCGUUCUCGGGCAACUACGUCCCUUAUCGUUACGAUUUGGCCAAGUUCAACACUAUCGGUUCGAUAUCCUUCGACCACCCGGAUCCGAGCAUCUUUACCGUUCUCACCUGUCCAACGGACACACCAGGAACAGCCGUGUGCGAUUUCGUCAUCUUCCCUCCGCGUUGGCUUGUUGCCGAAGCCACUUUCCGACCCCCGUACUUCCAUCGGAACUGCAUGAGUGAGUUUAUGGGCAACAUCAAAGGUGUUUAUGAUGCAAAAGCGUCCGGCUUCGUUCCAGCUGGCGCCAGUCUGCACAACAUGAAUUCAGCUCAUGGUCCAGAUGCAGAGACGUUUGAAAAAGCCAGCAGUGCAGACUUGGGCCCAGCAAAGGUGGGCGAGGGAAGUAUGAGUUUUAUGUUUGAAUCGGCGUUUCAACUGGCGACUACCAAGUAUGCGAUAGAAGAUAGCGGCAAGAUUCAGCAAAGCUACUGGACAGCUUGGACCGAUCUCAAAAAUAACUUCUCUGGGUGA